AUGAAGAUUUUACUUGAAUUUCAAGUGUUGCGGUCCUCAUGGAGUAUCCAGACUCUCCACAGAUUAUUCCACCAGUAUCACAAGACUUUUGCACCUUUGAAUUUCUCAGAUUAUGAAGCUAUCAGUCGUUGUCAACAGGAAGUACCCGAGUACCUUAAUUUUGCAAGUGAUGUGCUGGACAAAUGGUCUCAAAUAGAAAAGGAAAAAAAAGGACCAUCAAACCCAGCUCUUUGGUGGAUAAAUGGGAAAGGAGAUGAAAUGAAAUGGAGCUUUGAAGAGCUGGGCUUCCUGUCCCCAAAAGUGGCCAAUGUGCUCUCUGGCCCAUGUGAUCUGCAAAGAGGAGACAGAGUUUUGGUGAUUCUAUCCCAAAUCCCAGAGCGGUGGCUGCUGAACGUGGCUUGUAUGCGAACAGGUGUUAUCAUCAUCCCAGGGACAACACAACUGACAGCAGAAGACGUCUAUAGAUUGCUGGCUUCCAAAGCUAAGUGCAUUAUUACGACUGAUGUGCUUGCUCCUGCCGCGGACUCAGUUGCAUCCAAGUGCCAGUUUCUGAAGACGAAGCUAAUUGUAUCUAAAAGCAGCAGAGCCAAGUGGCUGAACUUCAGUGAUUUGCUCAAGUAAUCUGCCCCUGCUGUCCAUAACUGUGUGAAGACAAAAAGCCGGGAUCCCAUGGCAAUCUAUUUUACCAGUGGUGCCACAGGCUCCCCCAAAAUGGUUGAACAUUCCUAUGGACGCUUUGGUCUGGGUUUUUUUCUCUGUGGAAGAUACUCGAUGAAUUUGACUCCCUCAGAUAUCGUGUGGAACAUGUCAGACACUGCUUGGGUAAAGGCAGCUAUUGGGAGCAUUUUUGGUCUGUGGUUCCAGGGCACGUGUGUUUUUGUACAUGCCAUGCCACAGUUUGAUCCAAGAGCAAGCUUAAGGAUGUCAGGGAGAGCAGAAUUUGUCCCUUUCUGUUCUCUGAUGCUCAGCAAUGUCCUCUGUCUAUGAAGGUACGCAUUCAAGACACUGAAGCACUGUUUGUCUGGAGGGGAACUACUCAACCCAGAAGUGAUGGCACAGUGGAAAAAACAAACAGGACUGACAAUCUAUGACGGCUAUGGCCAAACCGAAAUUAGAAUGAUACGUGCAAACAUGAAAGGAAUGAAAAUUAAGCCAGACUCCUUGGGAAAGCCAGCUCCCCACUACGAUGUUCAGAUUAUAGAUGAAGAUGGCAGUGUUCCGCCUCCUGGGAAAGAAGGAGACAUUGCUAUCAAAAUGGAUGCCCAGUGGCCAUUUUCUAUUUUCACUCGAUACCUGGAUGAUCCAGUGAAAACUGUUUCCACAAUCCAUGGGAGUUUCUCUAUCACUGGAGACAGAGGGAGCACAGAUGAAGAUGGAUACGUAUGGUUUAUGGGGAGAUCUGAUGAUGUCAUGAUCUCUUCCGGGUACUGUAUUGGACCAUUUGACGUAGAGAGUGCCCUGAUACAGCACCCAGCUGUCGUUGAGGCAGCUGUUGUCAGCAGCCCAGAUCCCAUCAGAGGAGAGGUGAUUAGGUACAACUAG